AUCUCUAUGGUUCUCUACUUAUCGACGUCACACGUUGACACAUGCGCACCGCCGACGCUCCCUAAGUCCUUUUUUAACCUAGUGUUGAACGACUAGCACCAAACGAGCAUCAAGAUGCAGCUCUUCUUGCGUGCCCAGAACACUCACACCCUUGAGGUGACAGGACAGGAGACUGUCAGAGAUCUCAAGGUUCAUGUCCAGAGUCUGGAGGGUCUCCUAGUGGAGGACCAGGUGUUGUUGCUGGCCGGCUCCCCCCUGGAGGAUGCUUCCUCUCUGGUGGAAUGUGGCAUCUCUGAGCACUGCACCCUGGAGGUGGCCGGCAGACUGCUGGGAGGAAAGGUCCAUGGCUCCCUGGCCCGUGCCGGUAAAGUGAGGGGACAGACACCCAAGGUUGACAAACAGGAGAAGAAGAAAAAGAAGACUGGUCGUGCCAAGCGUCGCAUCCAGUACAACAGGCGCUUCGUCAAUGUUGUGCCCACCUUCGGCAAGAAGAAGGGCCCCAACGCCAACUCCUAAAAACACUGUCCCCCCUCAGGAGAAUACUUGUGAUCACACCUCUUUCAUUUUAACCCACUGAAAGGUUUUCCUCCUGUACAGAAUAAAAAUUUGGUUUAGACUAA